AUGAUGGGUCUGUUCGAUAUGCUGGCUGGUAUGCUGAAAGUGCGCAAAGAACAGAUUAAUAUUUUGGUGAUUGGUCUAAAUAAUAGUGGUAAAUCAACAAUAGUUAAUCAUUUCAAAGAUCCAGAAGAAAGAAGCCAAGUUACAUUACCCACAGUUGGAUUUAAUGUUGAAAAAUUUCAAAAUCAGGGUAUCGCGUUUACAGCAUUCGAUAUGUCCGGUGCUGGACGAUAUCGAAAUCUCUGGGAGCACCACUUCAAAUCGACACAAGGUAUCAUAUUCGUCAUUGACUCGAGCGAUCGCAUGCGAUUAGUGGUUGUGAAGGACGAAUUGGAUAUUUUAAUCAAACAUCCCGACAUUCAAAACCGUCGAAUACCGAUACUGUUCUUUGCAAACAAAAUCGACUGUCCCGAUUCGUUGUCAAGCGUUAAAAUAGCUGCAGCGUUGGGCUUAGAAAAAUUGAAGGACAAACCUUGGCAUAUCAGCUCAAGUAAUGCAUUGUCUGGAGAAGGCCUACAAGAUGGAAUUCAGUGGCUUGUACAGCAGAUUCGUGAUAUGCUUGCAAAUAGUAAAGAGAAUAAAAAAUGAGCAGACACUUUGUUAUUCAUCAGUUCUGCGGAAGCAAAAAAAAAUAUAAUUAUCAUUCUAAAUGUCUAUCUAAGCCUUAAGCGAAAUUAGCCUUAAUGCCGAAUUUCUUGCGAUUCAAAUCGAACGAAAGAAACAAUUGUUAAUUUCUUAGUUAAACUGCGUAGUGUCCAACAACAUUCACUUCAAUACACUCUAUUGAAUGCCGAAUUUUUUUACCUUAUUUACACUACAAGAGCCGGAUUAAAUUAUUGAUAAUAAAUUGAUAAAAAACCUGAAUGCAUUUCGGGUACUGUUACUGCCCAUCAUCAGCAAUCAUGACUAAUUUAUCGACGGGAAAAUCAGCUACACGAUGACAAAUUCACACGCCAAUGUACGAAUUGAGAUGAGACACACGAAAAGAAAAAACAACACUCGAUACAAAAAACACACUCACACACAAACAAAUGUACCGUAAACUACUUUGCGAUUACCAAUUCUUGCGAUUGGUCAAAAUCAAUUUCGGUACAAAGAAAAAUUAUCCUUUUUAUCCUUAGAACCGUUUCAUGCAUUUGUAUUUCAUUCAAUUUGCAAUUUUUAGGAAUUUUCGCAAACAA